CGCCAUAUCUCUAUGACGUAUUUUUUACUUACAGGGUCGUUACGGUAAAGGAAAUAUUUUUGUUUUUUCUUCUGGUAACAAGGGACGAGAUGUAGGUAUAUAUGACUGUAAUGGAAGCGGAUACUCUAACAGUAUAUACACAGUUACUAUUUCAAGUGUAGGAUCACGUGGUACAGUGCCAAAGUAUGCAAUUCCAUGCUCGUGCGCGUUAGCAUCAACAUUUGGAGACACGAGGUCAUCUGGAGAUGAACCUUUGAUGUCGACAGCAUUGGGUGAAGGUUUUGGAUAUUUUACCGGCACUUCAGCGGCUGCUGCCAAAGCAUCGGCUUUAAUUGCAAUGACACUGGAGGCCAGACCAUCUUUAACCUGGGAAGAUAUACAGCAAAUUAUCGUGUUUUCUUCUUCGUUUUCGGGUCUUGAGCGCAAGGGUGAGAAGAACGGUGCGGGGUUAUUAUAUGAUCCAUAUUUCGGUUUCGGAUUAAUGAACGCUACAGCCAUGAUUCAACUAGCGAAAGAUUGGACAUCAUAUCAGCGAAUGAACGUCACAGUUAAAUUCACUACAAAACAGAAUAAAAUGAACAAUAAGAGAUCUUUUCAAUAUUCACAGAAGAGUACACAGAAAAGUUGUUUAUCAUACAUAGAGCACGUUGUUGCACACAUAGAGUACAUCCAUACUGCAGACAGGAUCCCAGUCAUCACGCUCUGUUCACCACAAAAAACAUGCUCGAUACUCUUGCAUGGCAAUUUACGGAAUGGGGACGGAAAAGAGAAGCUUACAGAUAAUAGCGAAAUCAUAAUAUCGUGGGACUUUAUGAGUGUACAAUUUUGGGGAGAAAAUCCAGUCGGUAGAUGGAGUCUUGAAAUAUCAAAUUCUGACGGGCAUACAUUUAUAAAGAACGUUUCUGUGACUUUCUAUGGAACCUAUGACCUUCCAUUCUCAAAGAAUUUUAACUUGACAUUCAGGCGCCAACGUAAAAGAGCUAGAUGUGCCGUAGAUAGUAAGAACGGUCCGUCAAGACCUUCGACUGAAGAAUCAUCAGAUGGUACAAAUCUAAAGACAUAUUUGCCAAUUUUUGUUCCAGUCGGUGCAAUCCUCUGUAUUGUAAUAAUGGUAGUUAUUGCGAUUUUUUUUAGGAAGACAGAAAAACUAAAAGUAUCAAGUGCUGGACACAAAAUUGAGCAAACAGAUACUUUAAUGAAAGACUAUGCCAUACCUCAGUAACUUUUAAUGACAAUAAAAAUCAGGCAGAAAUGAAGUGGAUUAGAUAAAACUACAUUUUGACUUAAGUUCUAUGCUCUUUUACAGUCUUUGCUGUUUGCCAUCCUGAUCAUAAUAGAAUAAAAAAACAUCACGGUAAAAUU